UCUUAACUGGGAAAGGCCAUGGGGAAUUCCCGGAAUUUUCGUCUAAUGCAGCCUAUGCAGACGACAUGCCAUUUUUAUGGAAUGAGGCAUUUGCUAAACAAAUGUCGACGUUUUUCGCGGAAGAUAGGUCUGAUAUUUCCACAUUCAAUCUUGGCAAACGUGGAUUUUUUAAAGUCCCAACUGACUUUUAUAUUCGUCCGUACUUACUAGCCAUGCAAAUAUUCCAACCAGUGUUGAUUUCAAAAGUGGCUAAGCCCGAUUCUUACUGCUAUGGCCGAAGAGGAUUCUUUGACCUAAUGCUGGAAUAUUUAAAGGGGUUCUUGAUGAAGUACAAAGGUAAACAAACAUUUGCAUUUUUGUGGGAAAAUUCGAUUAGUCACGACACGUUUAAUUCCUUGAAGCGGGGCGAUGAUUUGUUACUAGAAUUUCUGCAGUGGAUAAAACGUGAACGGAAUUUAGACAACACUUUGUUUAUAGUUUUGAGCGAUCAUGGCUUUAGAAUUGACGGUGCAUCCUUGACCCAUAUAGGUCGAGCUGAGAACAGCAACCCUUUGCUGAUGGUUCACGUGCCUAGGAAUUACAGAGAAAAUAAGACAAUCGAUCAAAUUCUUUCUCGAAAUACAAAACAACUGCUCACACCAUAUGACAUUUAUCAAACAUUAUAUGACUUUUUGGCUAAUAACUCAUCAAUAGAAAGAGACGUACAGAAAAAUUUGGUUCGCCGAAGUAUAUUCCGUCCGAUACCGAGUACGCGCACGUGCGCAGAUGCCGGCCUGGACGCUACCCAUUGCACGUGCACAGAGAGGGUACCAGUGUCAUGUGAUUCUCCCGUUGUUAAACUUCUUGCGUUGCGUCUCGUGGACGAGCUUAACAAAUUAUUAGAAAAAGAAAGUAGAUGUGCAGUUUUAACUCUUCAGAAUAUUACGGAAGCGUCUGUACAUUAUACAUUGAAGAACGACGCAAAUAUUCCAGUAGGACUCCAAAAGACAUGGCAGUCGGUUAAACAUCAAAAUAGGUUCCGUUCAGCGCACGAUCUAGACAGGACCAGUGGUCGGUAUUCUAUUUUGUUUUAUACGCAACCAGGCUCUGGAUAUUAUGAAGGACUAAUAGACUUUACUCAGUUUGGUAGUGGGGACAAGAUGGCGGUUAUAGGGGAACCAGCGCGACUCAACAAGUAUGGGAACCAGUCCCACUGUGUUCACAAUUCAGAGCUGAGGACAUUCUGUUUUUGUAAAGACCUCUUGCAGUAAAC